AUGUCUGAAUCGCCAAAAAAAUUAUUUUCCCAAGAUAUAUUUGAUAAGGAAGCAAAAUAUGGCGCACAUAAUUAUCAUCCGAUACCGGUUGCUUUAUGUAAGGGUGAAGGUGUGUAUGUUUUCGACGUGGAAGGAAGACGUUAUUAUGAUUUCUUAAGUGGAUAUUCGGCUGUUAAUCAGGGUCACUGUCAUCCCCGUAUCGUAAACGUAUUAAAAGAUCAAGCAUCGAAAUUAACCCUCACGUCUAGAGCAUUCUAUUCGAAUGUAUUAGGAGAGUAUGAAGAAUUCAUAACUAAAUUAUUCGGCUACGAUAAAGUGUUGCCCAUGAAUACAGGUGUGGAGGGAGGAGAAACGGCUUGUAAACUAGCACGAAAAUGGGGUUACAUAAAAAAAAAAAUUGAAAAAAAUAAAGCUAGAAUCGUAUUUGCCGAGGGUAAUUUUUGGGGUAGGACAUUGGCAGCCAUAUCAGCAUCUAGUGAUCCGAGUAGUUACGACGGUUUCGGACCUUUCAUGCCAGGAUUUGAUAUCAUACCUUACGACGAUUCGGAAGCACUUGAGAAAGCAUUACAAGAUUCGAACGUUUGUGCAUUUAUGGUUGAACCGAUACAAGGAGAAGCUGGUGUCAAAGUACCACGAGAUGGGUAUCUGAGAGAAGUUCGAAGAUUAUGUACCAAAUAUAACGUACUUUGGAUAGCCGACGAAGUUCAAACCGGUUUAGCACGUACCGGUAAAUUAUUAGCCGUCGAUCAUGAAAACGUACGACCUGAUAUUCUUAUUUUGGGUAAAGCUCUCUCGGGAGGAAUGUAUCCUGUAUCUGCCGUACUUGCAAACGACGACGUAAUGCUUUGCAUAAAACCCGGAGAACACGGAUCGACAUUCGGUGGAAAUCCAUUGGGUUCUAGAGUUGCCAUAGAAGCAUUAAAAGUUAUUGUAGAAGAAAAUUUAUCGGAAAAUGCAGAAAAAAUGGGAAAAUUAUUAAGGGAUGCUUUAUCGGAAAUCCCGGAUACUUUGGUCACGUCCGUGAGAGGGAAAGGAUUAUUAAAUGCUAUCGUCAUUAAUAAAAAUUAUAAUGCUUGGGACGUUUGUUUAAAAUUAAAGGAUAAUGGAUUGUUGGCGAAACCGACACACGGUGACAUCAUACGUUUUGCACCUCCUCUUGUUAUAACAAAAAAUCAAUUAUUGGAAUGCAUCGAUAUAAUAAAAAAAACAUUAAAUGACCUCCAAUCGUCAUGUUAA